GCGCUGAUUUUGUUUAUCACAUCAAUCUGUCAAAAUGAUGGACAUGUCAGAUUUCGGGGUGGCAGCUCCCUUCCUGAGGAAGAGUGAUAAAGAGUUAAUGAUACGGCAGACUGUGGCUUUUGAUGGAAAAAAGAAAUGCUGGAUCCCUGAUGAGAAGGAAGCCUAUCUGGAAGCUGAGAUCAAGGAGACAGCUGGAGGAAAAGUCACUGUUGAAGUGGCUGAUGGAAAGUCGGUUGUUGUAAAGGAAGGAGAUGUUCAGCAGAUGAAUCCUCCAAAAUUUGACAUGAUUGAAGACAUGGCCAUGUUGACACAUCUGAAUGAAGCUUCAGUGCUAUCUAACCUGCGUAAACGCUAUGCUAACUGGAUGAUCUAUACUUAUUCAGGCCUUUUUUGUGUGACUGUGAAUCCAUACAAAUGGCUUCCAGUCUAUAAUCCUGAAGUGGUUUCUGCCUAUAAGGGCAAAAGACGUUCUGAAGCCCCUCCUCAUAUCUUUAACAUUGCUGAUAAUGCUUACAAUGACAUGUUGCGCAAUCGGGAAAACCAGUCAAUGUUGAUCACAGGAGAAUCUGGUGCUGGCAAGACUGUUAAUACGAAACGUGUCAUUCAGUACUUUGCCACAGUAGCUGCAAUUGGUGACGCCAGUGGUAAAAAGAAUCAACCAGCUACAAAGACUGGGGGAACCCUGGAAGAUCAAAUCAUCCAGGCAAACCCUGCCCUGGAAGCCUUUGGAAAUGCCAAAACUCUGAGAAAUGACAACUCUUCUCGUUUUGGUAAAUUCAUCCGUAUCCAUUUUGGUACUACCGGCAAGUUGUCUUCUGCUGAUAUUGAGAUUUAUUUACUGGAAAAAUCCAGAGUUAUUUUCCAGCAGCCAGGAGAACGAAGCUACCACGUCUUUUAUCAGAUAACCAGUGGGAAAAUGAGUGAACUACAAGAUAUGCUCUUAGUGAGCACAAACCCCUACGAUUUCCACUUUACCUCACAAGGAGUUGUUACAGUGGACAACUUAGAUGAUGGUGAAGAAUUUGUUGCAACUGAUCAAGCUUUUGAUAUCUUGGGAUUUAUACCUGAUGAGAAGUUCGGAGCCUACAAAUUGACAGGUGCCAUAAUGCAUUUUGGAAACAUGAAAUUUAAACAGAAACAAAGGGAAGAACAAGCAGAGGCCGAUGGCACUGAAAAUACGGAUAAGGCUGCAUAUUUGAUGGGCAUCAGCUCUUCCGAGUUGGUAAAGGGGCUGUUACAUCCCAGAGUGAAAGUGGGCAAUGAAUAUGUGACCAAAGGACAAACUGUAUCACAGGUUGUUUAUUCAGUUGGUGCAUUGGCUAAAGGCAUCUAUGACCGAAUGUUUAAGUGGCUUGUGGUCCGUAUCAACAAAACACUGGAUACAAAAUUACCCAGGCAGUUCUUCAUUGGUGUGCUUGACAUUGCAGGAUUUGAAAUUUUUGAUUUUAACAGUUUUGAACAACUUUGCAUCAAUUUCACAAAUGAAAAGCUGCAACAGUUUUUCAACCAUCACAUGUUUGUGUUAGAACAAGAGGAAUAUAAGAAAGAAGGCAUUGACUGGGAGUUCAUUGACUUUGGCCUUGACUUGCAGGCCUGCAUUGACCUGAUUGAAAAGCCUAUGGGGAUUAUGUCAAUCCUUGAAGAGGAGUGUAUGUUUCCUAAGGCUACAGACUUGACAUUUAAAUCUAAGCUUUAUGAUAACCAUCUUGGAAAAUCACCUAAUUUUCAAAAGCCAAGACCUGACAAGAAGAGAAAAUAUGAGGCUCAUUUUGAGCUUGUACAUUACGCUGGAGUGGUUCCAUAUAACAUUAUGGGUUGGCUGGAAAAAAAUAAGGAUCCACUAAAUGAAACUGUGGUACAGCUCUUCCAAAAGUCAUCAAACAAACUUCUUGCUUGUCUCUUUGAAAGCUAUAUCAGCUCAGACAGUGCUGACCAAGGUGGAGAAAAGAAGCGCAAGAAGGGAGCUUCAUUCCAAACUGUGUCCUCUAUGCACAAAGAAAAUCUGAACAAAUUAAUGACCAAUCUCAAAUCAACAGCACCACAUUUUGUACGCUGCAUCAUUCCCAAUGAAACCAAGACUCCAGGUGCUAUGGACCCCUUCCUGGUCCUUCAUCAGCUCCGUUGCAAUGGUGUCUUAGAGGGAAUACGUAUUUGCCGCAAAGGAUUUCCAAACAGGGUUUUGUAUGCUGACUUCAAACAGAGGUAUCGUAUUCUGAAUCCUAAUGCCAUCCCUGAGGACAAAUUUGUGGACAGCAGGAAAGCCUCUGAAAAACUUUUGGGCACUUUGGACAUUGAUCACACUCAGUAUCGAUUUGGGCAUACAAAGGUAUUUUUCAAGGCUGGUCUUCUAGGACAUCUUGAAGAGAUGCGAGAUGAAAGAUUAGCUAAAAUUCUCACACUUAUCCAGGCAAGAGCCCGCGGAAAACUAAUGAGAAUUGAAUUCCAAAAGAUUAUUGAAAGAAGGGAUGCACUGCUUGUUAUCCAGUGGAACAUUCGUGCUUUUAUGGCUGUUAAAAACUGGCCUUGGAUGAAGCUCUUCUUCAAGAUUAAGCCUCUGUUGAAGUCUGCAGAAACUGAGAAGGAAAUGGCUAACAUGAAAGAUGAGUUCCUCAAGCUAAAGGAGGCACUUGAAAAAUCAGAAGCCCGGAGGAAAGAGCUUGAGGAAAAACAAGUCACAUUAGUGCAAGAGAAGAACGAUCUAACACUUCAGUUACAGGCGGAACAAGACACCCUGGCUGAUGCGGAGGAAAGAUGCGACAUGUUAAUUAAAAGUAAGAUUCAAAUGGAAGCCAAAAUCAAGGAUCUCACUGAGCGCAUAGAAGAUGAAGAAGAAAUGAACUCAGAGCUCGCUUCUAAGAAAAGAAAACUGGAGGAUGAAUGUUCUGAACUUAAGAAAGACAUUGAUGAUCUUGAAAUAACAUUAGCUAAGGCAGAAAAGGAAAAGCAUGCAACAGAAAAUAAGGUCAAAAACUUAACUGAGGAAAUGGCAACUCUGGAUGACACUAUUAAUAAGCUAACUAAAGAGAAAAAAGCUUUACAGGAGGCUCAUCAGCAAACCCUGGAUGACCUUCAAGCAGAAGAAGACAAAGUCAGCACUCUAACCAAACUGAAAACAAAGCUGGAACAGCAAGUAGAUGAUCUUGAGGGUUCCUUAGAACAAGAAAAGAAAGUGAGAAUAGAUCUUGAAAGAGCUAAACGCAAGCUGGAGGGAGAUUUAAAACUGACACAAGAGAGUCUUAUGGAUUCCGAAAAUGAUAAGCAGCAGUUGGACGAAAGACUAAAAAAGAAGGAUUUUGAACUCAAUCAACUGUCUUCUAAAAUUGAAGACGAACAAGCCAUGAUCCUCCAGCUUCAGAAGAAAAUAAAGGAACUUCAAGCUCGAAUAGAAGAGUUAGAAGAGGAAUUGGAAGCUGAACGGGCAGCACGUGCAAAAGUAGAAAAGCAGAGGUCAGAUCUCACAAGAGAGUUGGAGGAAUUAAGUGAGAGACUAGAAGAAGCUGGUGGAGCAACAUCUGCUCAGUUGGAAAUGAACAAGAAACGGGAAGCAGAGUACCUAAAACUACGCAGAGAUCUGGAAGAAGCCACACUACACCAUGAGGCUACUACGGCAGCUCUAAGAAAGAAACACGCAGACACCGUCUCAGAAUUAGGAGAGCAAAUUGACAACCUCCAAAGAGUAAAGCAAAAACUUGAGAAGGAAAAGAGUGAGUUCAGGUUGGAGGCAGAUGAUCUGUCAUCAAAUAUGGAACAAUUGAUCAAGUCUAAGGCCAUAUCAGAAAAACUUUGCCGCACAUAUGAAGACCAGCUUAAUGAAGCGAAAGCAAAACUGGAUGAGAUGACCCGUCAACUGAAUGAUGUUACCACUCAAAGAGGAAAACUUCUCACUGAAAAUGGAGAAUUUUCAAGACUUCUUGAAGAGAAGGAAUCUUUAAUAAGUCAGCUAUCCCGAGGAAAAUCUUCAUUUACUCAGCAGAUAGAGGAACUUAGAAAACAACUUGAAGAAGAAUCCAAGGCCAAAAAUGCACUGGCUCAUUCUCUUCAAUCUGCCAGACAUGACUGUGAUCUUCUUCGGGAACAAUUUGACGAAGAACAAGAAGCUAAAGCUGAGCUCCAAAGGAGUUUGUCCAAAUGCAAUGCUGAGGUGGCUUUAUGGAGGAACAAAUAUGAAACAGAUGCAAUUCAGAGGACAGAGGAGUUGGAAGAGGCGAAAAAAAAGUUAGCUGCGCGGCUCCAGGAGGCUGAAGAAGCUGUUGAAGCCGCUAACGUUAAGUGUGCUUCUCUAGAGAAGACCAAGCAUCGCCUGCAGAGUGAGCUGGAAGACCUGAUGAUUGAUCUGGAGAGGUCCAAUGGUGCUGCUGCUGCCAUGGACAAAAAGCAGCGGAACUUCGACAAAAUUAUAGCUGACUGGAAACAAAAGUAUGAGGAGGCCCAGGCCGAGCUUGAAGCCUCACAGAAGGAGGCACGCAGCUUGAGUACUGAAUUGUUCAAGUUGAAGAAUGCCUAUGAAGAAGUAUUGGAUAACUUAGAAACUGUAAAGAGGGAAAAUAAGAAUCUGCAAGAGGAGAUUUCAGAUUUGACUGACCAAGUUAGUGAGAGCAAUAAGAGUCUGCAUGAAAUAGAGAAGGUGAAGAAACAAGUUGAGCAAGAGAAGUCAGAGGUUCAGGUGGCCCUGGAGGAAGCUGAGGGUGCCCUUGAACAUGAGGAAAGCAAAACCCUCAGAUUUCAGCUAGAGCUGUCUCAGAUUAAAGCAGAAUUUGAACGAAAAUUGUCUGAAAAGGAUGAAGAGACAGAAAAUAUAAGGAGAAACCAGCAGCGUAUUAUUGAGUCACUGCAAUCUAACCUGGAAUCAGAAGCCAGGAGUAGGAAUGAGGCAAUCCGGCUAAAGAAAAAAAUGGAAGGAGACCUGAAUGAAAUGGAAAUUCAGUUAAGUCAUGCUACACGGCAAGCUACUGAGGCAACAAAAGCCGUGCGAAACCUACAAGCACAUAUCAAGGAUCUUCAAGUCCAGCUAGAUGAUUCAAUGCAUCUUACUGAGGAACUUAAGGAACAGUCUGCAGUCAGUGAGAGAAGAAACGUUCUGCUUCAAGCUGAGCUUGAUGAACUGAGGGGAGCUCUGGACCAAACUGAACGUGCAAGGAAGUUGGCAGAGCAGGAACUCCUUGAAGCUACAGAAAGGGUCAACUUGCUUCACUCACAGAACACAAGCCUCAUUAAUCAGAAGAAGAAGCUGGAAGCUGACUUGUCCCAUAUGCAGAAUGAAGUCGAGGAGUCCAUUCAAGAAUGUAGAAAUGCAGAAGAUAAAGCUAAGAAAGCUAUUACUGAUGCUGCCAUGAUGGCAGAAGAGCUAAAGAAAGAACAAGAUACCAGUUCUCACUUGGAAAGAAUGAAGAAAAACAUGGAACAGACUAUUAAGGAUUUACAGAAGAGACUGGAUGAAGCAGAACAGAUUGCACUUAAAGGAGGCAAGAAACAGAUUCAAAAGCUCGAGUCACGGAUCCGUGAAUUAGAAAAUGAUUUGGAAACAGAGCAGCGCCACAGUUCAGAGUCACUGAAGGGUGUCCGCAAGUUUGAGCGCCGUAUCAAGGAACUCACAUAUCAGGCAGAGGAAGACAAGAAGAAUCUAAUUCGUAUGCAGGACCUGAUUGAUAAGUUACAACUGAAAGUUAAAAGUUACAAGCAUCAAGCUGAAGAGGCUGAGCAACAAUCCAAUCAGUACCUGACCAAAUACAAGAAACUGCAGCAUGAGUUGGAUGACGCCCAAGAAAGGGCUGAUAUAGCUGAAUCCCAAGUAAACAAAUUGAGAAGCAAAACAAGAGACGGGGGAAAGGUGCGUGAAGAGGAAUAAACUGAAGACUUGUGAAGUAUGAAGACUUUGAAGUUUAAAGCAAUUUGUGCUGAAGUUGUAAAGCAACGCUAGCAUGCAAAUAAGCGCAAUAAAUUUCAUCUCAUCUAA